CUUCACCGUCGUUGACUCUCGCCGUCGUCUCUUCUCGGCAUCGCCGUCGUCUCUUCUCGGCAUCGCCGUCGUCUCUUCUCGGCAUCGCCGUCGUCUCUUCUCGGCAUCGCCUUCGUCUCUUCUCUCCAUCGCCGUCGUCUCUUCUCGGCAUCGCCUUCGUCUCUUCUCUCUAUCGCCUUCGUCUCUUAAUUACAUAUUUCCUGAUAACUGCGGUCGGUACUGCUGUUUCUUGUCCUUCUAAUACUGAGCGUGAACCUAUCUCUACUUCGUCCAUUGAGGGUGCUACUGCUGUUUCUUGUCCUACUCGUACUCAUUGUCAAACUAACUCAUAUCAGUUUGUUGCUAGUGAUGUAUCAUCGGCUUCUCAUUCUCAGGUUCCGACAAUGCCUAAUCCUCCUGCUGCUACUUCUGGUCUUUUUACUUCCACUGAGGUACCUAGAACGUCUACUAUCAUCAAUCAGCAGCCGGUUAUAUGUAACCAAACAACUUCUUUUGGGGCUACUAAUGUUUCUUGUCCAAAUCAUACUCAGGAUCAAACUAGGUCAUAUCAGUUUGUUGCAAGCGAUGUAUCUUCUGCUUCUCUUUCUCAGUUUCAGGUUCCGACAAUGCCUAAUCCUUUUGCUGCUACUGCUGGUCUUUUUACUUUUGCUGAGGAACCUAGAACGUCUACUAUCAUUAAUCAGCAGCCGGUGAUACGUAACCAAACAACUUCUUUUUGGGCUACUGAUGUUUCUUGUCCACAUCGUACUCAAGUAAUCUACUACUUUAGAUAAGGUUCCGACAAUCCCUAAUCCUCCUGCUCUACUUGAUGUUGGUUCUUUGUUUUGCGGAAAGUUAUUCAAAAGCAAAAAAUAAAUGACUACUCAGCUGCGGAUGUAUGCGCUGAAAAACAGUUUUGAGUUUCAGACUAAGAAGUCGGACAACAAGAGAUAUGUUCUGAAUUGCAUUGAUGAAAUUGCAAUUGAAAGUUACGUGCUAUUAGAGUUAAAGGAUCGUAUGGUUUUAUCAUUCGAAAAUAUAUCAGUCUGCAUAGUUGUGACUCUACAUUAAGGAAUGUUAAUCAUCGUCAAGCAGAUGCAAAGACAUUGGUUAGCAACCAUUUUGAAGGAGGAAAGCUUCCACUCAGACCCAAGCAACUAAUAGAAAUCUUCAGAAAGGAUCAUGGAGUUGGGGUGUCGUACUCAAAAGCAUGGAGAGCUCAAGAACAUGCAACAGAAGUUGCUAGGGGUUUACCUUCUGAUUCUUUUGAGGUUCUUCCUAAGCGGUUCCACAUGGUAGCAAUGAAGAAUCCAGAUUCUGAGAAUGACGCAUCUUGGAACUGGUUUUUGCGUUGUUUGAAGACCUUUAUUCCAGACGAAAAUGAUCUGGUUUUUGUAUCAGAUCGUGCAGC